GCUGUGCCGCGCCUGCGCGGCGGGGGAGGUCGUGGUGGCCACCCCUGGGAGGGAGCGCCUGUCCCGGUGCGGGUCGCGGCGGCGGCCCCCCGGCGACAAGUAACUACCCGCCGCUCCCGUAGCGGCGGCUGUCACCGGGAGGGGGCGGGGCCUGCCACCGGGAGGGGGCGGGGCCUGCCACCGGGAGGGGGCGGGGCCUCCUGGCUUAAGCCCCGCCCGCCGGCAGGACCCGGACCUGCCCCGGCGUUCGUGCUGCGCCCGCAGGGUCCUCGCUAAGAUGGUGGCUCCCUCCUUGCUGGGCUGCGGCCGAGCAGCGACCCGUCAGGUGUUGCAGCUGGAGGCCCGGGGGCUGCGAGGGGCGGCCCCCUCCGCGGCGCUCUGCAGCAGGCCGGUGGGCUCCGGGAUGGCGACGCCGCCUACGAUAUCUGCAAACAAAGGUGAGAGCAUAUCUAGUACUAAACUUGAGGAAGCUUCAAAACCUUCUGCUGAAGACAUGAGGAUGUUCAUGGCAAGAAAAACUGUGGUUGCAUUUCCUCAGCGAGCAGUUGUUUCCUCCCUUGAGGAGGAAAACCUCGCUACACCUGCAACAGAAGGAGGCUUGAGGAAAGAGUUAGUUGAGGAAGAAGCUUCAUCUUCAUCCAGCUCGGAUUCAGAUUCUAGCUCAGAUUCUGAGGAAGAAAAUGAUGAUGAUUCAGAAGUUGCCAUUAAAACCAAAGUUGAGUUUCCCACACGAGAUUCCAUCUCUUCUGAGAACAUAGCGGUAAAGGCAUCAAUGCUGGCAAAAGAGAACUUGUCCCAGAAAUCCCAGAAAGAAUAUGUAGCUAAGAAGAAACCAUGCAAAACAGAAACUGAUGUGUCUCCUAUCAAGCAGGUUGCAUUUUCUAAAACAUCAGUCAGCCAUGAAACAUCAAAAUCCAAAGCAAGAGACCCCAAAGUAAAGUCAACUCCUAAAGAAGCAGAUCGGCAGAAGCUGGGCUUAGAACCGCAGGUGUCUGAAAGCAGACACCUGACCGGUGUUGCUCAUAAAUCUGAUUAUUUGGAGGAAAAGUCCAUUGGAACCCAAGUAGCAGCUCUUCGGCUGAAAGCUUCAUCAGGGACUCAGGAAGACAGAAAGCAAAAACUGAUAUCCAGAGAAGAAGAAAAAAAGGUGAAGCGGGCACAGGAAUCAGAAGCAGAAGAAGUAACUGCUCCUAAACUGAAAGAAGAGACUUCUGAAAGCUCGAUGUUGGUGAUGGGCACUACAGCAAAGGAGGAGACCGUUCAGGAAGCAGGAGGCCAGGCUGGAGAAAGAAGCAGCACAGUAGAGGAGACCACAGCAGCUGCUGAGCCUGCUCCAGAAGAAUUCGAUAAUUCUACCUACAAGAACCUUCAGCAUCAUGAAUAUAACAUCUAUACCUUUGUUGAUUCUGUGGUGGUUCUCUCAAAAUUCAGGCAGCCUCAGCCGUCUUCUGGAAGACCAUCACCAAGGCACUGAAAGAACCACAUUUAAAACAAAUGCCCAGGAAGAAUGAUAAAUUGUUCUAUUUAGCACUGUUGCUUCCUCUGUAUUACAAAUCAGUUAAAAAAGAAUAAAUAAAUGCAUGAUAACUUA